AGCCCGGGCCCGGCAGUCCCUGAGAUGGCACGAUGGCUGUGGCCAUGGUCGAAGUAUAUCAAAGAGCGGGCCUGCCGCUACCUGCUGCAACGCUACUUGGGUCAGUUCCUCCAGGAGACUCUCAGCCUGGAUCAGCUGAGUCUCGAUCUGUACAAGGGCAACGUAGCCCUGAGGGACAUCCACCUGGAGACCUGGUCUGUGAACGAGGUGCUGGAGUCUGUGGAGUCGCCGCUGGAGCUGGUGGAAGGCUUCGUGGAAUCCAUCGAAGUGGCCGUGCCCUGGGCCUCCCUGCUCACCGACCACUGCAUGGUGAACGUGAAGGGCCUCCAGCUCACCCUGAAGCCCCGCCAGGGCUCAGGCUCAGGGGCAGCUGACUCACAGAACUGUGGCUCCUCGUCCAUGACCACGAGCCUGCAGAUGGCCCAGGAGUGCCUGCGGGAUGGCUCGGCAGAGCCCUCGGAACCGCCGCAGCCCCUGGAAGGGCUAGAGGUUUUUGCCCAGACCCUGGAGAGUGUGCUGCAAAGGAUCAGAGUGGUCUUCCAGGACACCGUCGUGCGGGUGGAGUGCACGCCAGAUGGCCAAGAACAAGGCCUGGCACUGGAAGUCCACGUGCAGAGAUUGGAGUACUGUGACGAGGCCGGGCAGGACCCCAGCCAGGAGCCCCCGAUGGAUGUGCGCCAGCCUCCUGCCUUCCUCCACAAGCUGCUGCAGCUGGUGGGGGUCCGCCUGUUCUUCAUGGAGAUCUCCGAGGAAGAUCCCCAAGGCCCCCUUCUACAGAUCGGCAGCUUCUCAGGGUACAUAGAGUUGACGGUGAAGUUGAAGCAGAAUGAAGCCUUUCCUGGCCCCAAGCUGGAGGUGGCUGGACGGCUGGGCUCCCUGCACCUGCUCCUGACUCCCCUGCAGCUCCAGCAGCUCUUGGACCUGCUGCAAGCCAUCAACUUCACAGACCCCAAGGGCCCACGUGACAAGCUGAGCAAGGGUCGCCCACUGGGCGUCGAGGACAUGUGGCUGAUUGAGCAAGACCUGAAUCAGCAGCUGCAGGCAGGGACGGAGGCCGACUCCGAACUGGAGUCCCUGGAUCCUCUUGCCAACCUGGACAGCUCCGACCUCUUCUUCUCCAUGCCUGGCCUCACGAGCAGUGUGACCUCAGCCAUCUCGGAGCUCUCCCUCUCUGACGUGGACCUGGGUUCCUCUGUGCACAGUGCCACAGCCCCCCGCCGCCCCUCAGCCCACACCCGCCCAGCAGGCAAGGCGGCCCCCACACCCCUCCCAGACACCCUACGCCCUGACUCGCUGCUGAAGAUGACCCUGGGGGGCAUUUUGCUGACUGUGCCUCAGACGGCCACCCCAGGAAGCACACCUGACCUCACCACCUGCUUUUUUGCCGAGUUUGACGCCACCAAGGAAGGACCCUGUGACUCCCACCACCUCCGGGGGCGCUUCCGGAAAGCCUGUCCCUGGAGCCACAUCCGGCUGAUGGGUGCAGCCAUGCAGCUGUCCUGGGAGCUGCGGACAGGGGCCAGGGGCCAGAGGACCACCAGCACAGAUGUGUGCUUUGGGCAGCUGGAGGUGCUGGAGUGCCUGUGGCCCCAGGGAGCCCCAGAACCUGAGUUCACAGAAGUCUUGAGUUUCCCCAGCGUCUGGGGCUCCCAGGACUCCACUCAGCCCUGUGCCCACCUGCGCCACACACAGACCCUGCGUCGCGUGUCGAAGAGCCGACCCCGGCGCCAGCCCACCUACUACUGCCACUCGGAGCUGGUCCUGGAGCUGGCUGACUUCCAGACAGACGUGGAGUUGGGGGCCCUGGAACGGCUCACUACCCUGUUGUGCCAGGCCACAUCCACUCAGCCAGACCCUGAGGACUCCGUAGGCCUGAUGACAGAGCCUCAGCGAGCCCUCGAGCAGCGGACCGUGGUGUGGCUGUCCGCACCCCGGGCCACACUGCGCCUGUACUUCCCCAUCGCAGACCUGCGGCCUGAGCGCGACCCCUGGGCUGGCAGGGCUGUGCGGGCCGAGAAGCUGCGCCUGGAGCUGAGUGAGCCCCAGUUCUGGUCGGAGCUGAGCAGCGGGCCAGGCCCCCCUACUUCCACCCGCCUGGAGCUCUCCUGCUCUGACCUGCAUGGCACCUACGAGGAUGGAGAGAAGGCACCUAUCCAUUGUCUGCGUGUCUCCAAAGCGCUGGAUCCCAGGGGCCCUGGACACAAGUACUCUCUGCCCCAGGUAGUAGUGACCUUGAACCCAUGGUGCUGCAACACACUGUUGGAUCUGGGACUGGAUAGGGAGGACCUGGAGGCGACGGAGAACCCCUGCCAGCUGCCGGAGCCCUCGCCCUCGCCCUUCUCUUCCAAGAGGACCAUGUACGAGUCUGAGGAGAUGGUGAUCCCUGGAGACCCUGAGGAGAUGAGAGACUUCCAGCGCCACACCCUGUCCAUGUCCCGCUGCAGCGUAGAGGUGACUCUGCCCAGCGCCCACAUCUUCCUGCCCAGCAAGGAAUUUUAUGAGCGCAUUUACAACAGGAUCAACAACGACCUGCUCAUGUGGGAACCUGCUAUCCUCAUCCCACCAUUUGACCCCUUCGCCUAUUCCACUGGCUUUACAAGUCCUUUCAAGAAGUGCAAAUCGGCCUUCAAGCUGGGUACGGGGUGCCAUGGGGGCCUGGGGGAUUCAGACUCGGAGGACGAAGACUGCCCCUUCUUCUCCGCGGGUGCCUCGGGGGGCGACCGGCCCCGGAGCUCUACCCCUGAGCCUUCAGACCCACACAACCAGAGCGGCUUCACCACACUUGUGACCGUGUUGAAGGGCCGGGUCACUGCCCUGUGUGAGAGCAAGGGUGAGGAUGGGCAGCACCUGGAGGCCAAACACGGGGAGCUGGUUCUGGACGUGGACCACAGCACCCUCUUCUGCGUCUCCCAGCACCUUGGCCAGCCGGGGCUCGGCUAUUUCUGUCUGGAAGCCGAGAGAGCCGAGCUGUACCACGCAGCGGCCGUGGAUGACUACCUACUGCCCACUCACCUGGAGCUGCCCAGCGUCAUGCCCCCUGCCUACCUGGCCCCCACCAUCUACCCCUCGGAGGAAGGGGUCACUGAGCUGGGCUCGUUGGGCCCCAGGGAUCAAGGCCGGACCCCCCCCAUGCUAUCCACUGCUGUGCGCAUCCACUUGGACCCUCAGAAGAACGUCAAGGAGUUCCUGGUGACCAUGCGAUUACACAGAGCCACCCUGCGGCAUCGCAUGGCGCUACCCGGGCAGAGCUGGUACUCCCAGCUCCUGGAGUUCUUGGACGUGCUGGAUGAGCCCGUGCUCGGCUACCUGCCCCCAUCUGUCAUCACAGUCCUACACGUACACCUGUUCUCCUGUGCCAUGGACUACAGGCCGCUCUACCUCCCUGUGCGAGUCCUCGUCACCGCCGAGACCUUCACGCUGUCCAGCAACAUCAUCAUGGACACCGCCACCUUCCUGCUCAGGUUCAUCCUUGAUGACUCCGCCCUGUACCUGUCCGACAAGUGUCAGAUGGAGACCCUGAAUCUACGCCGAGACUACAUCUGCGUCUUGGAUGUUGACCUCCUGGAGCUCGAGAUCAAAACCUGGAAGGGAAGCACGGAGGGUAAACUGAGCCAGCCGCUGUUCGAGCUGCGCUGCGCCAGCAACGUGGUGCACAUGCACAGCUGUGCCGACUCCUGCGCGCUGCUGGUCAACCUGCUCCAGUACAUAACGAGGGAGGGCGACCUGCAUCCCCCACCCCGGCCCCCCAGCCCCACGGAGAUCGCCGGCCAGAAGCUCUCUGAGAGUCCUGCCUCCCUGCCUCCUGGCCCUCCUGUGGAGACCGCCCUCAUCAACCAGGGGGACCUGACUGAUGCCCUCCUGGACUCGGGGCGCAGCCCACAGGAGCUGGCCCAGCCAUCAGGUCGCCCCCUUCCUCAAGGCUCCCCUGUAUCCGUCUACCUGUUCCCUGGGGAACGGGGCAGCACGCAACCCUCUCAGCAGUGGGCCAGGGCCUUUGCUGGCUGCCUCCGGCCAGAGGAAAAGGACCAGCAGUCAGAGGGGGACACCCAGGACAGUGAUGAGUUCUGUAUCCUCGAAGCCCCUGGCAUGGGCAUCCUGCCCCGAGACGGAGAGCCGGUGGUGAGGCAGCUGCAUCCAGGCCCCAUCAUCAUCCACGACGGCCACUUCUCCCGGCCAGUGGGCAGUACAGACCUGCUGCGGGCACCCGCCCGCUUCCCUGUGCCCAGCAGCCGUGUGGUGCUGCGCGAGAUCUCCCUAGUCUGGCAUCUCUACGGUGGCCGAGACUUUGGCCCCCACCAUGGCCGCAGGCUGAAAGCCAACCUCUCCGGCCCCAGGAGCUCCCCGUCCCGCUGCUCCGGCCCCAACCGGCCCCAGAACUCGUGGCGACUGCAGGGGGGCACCGGGAGGCAGCACAACGUCCUCAUGGAGAUCCAGCUUAGCAAGGUGAGCUUCCAGCACGAGGUAUACCCCGUGGAGGCCGACCCCAACCUAGAGGAGCAGCCGCUGUCCCGCCAGGUGUUUGUGGUGCAGGAGCUGGAGGUGCGUGACCGCCUGGCGACGUCCAAGAUCAACAAGUUCCUGUACCUGUACGCCAGCGAGCGCAUGCCGCGGCGCACCCACUCCAACAUGCUCACCAUCAAAGCGCUGCAUGUGGCCCCCACAGCCAGCCUGGAGGACCCCGAGUGCUGCCUCCGGGUGUCCUUGAUGCCCCUGCGGCUCAACGUGGAUCAGGACGCCCUCUUCUUCCUCAAGGACUUCUUCAGCAACGUGGCAGCUGGCAUCAACCCCAUGGUGCCUGCAGAGAGUGACCAGACAGCUUACCCCAAGGUCUACGUCCAGCCCAGAAGCUCCCAGGACGGGCAGCCCAAGGCUGCAGGGGCGGAAAACCCGCAGAAGGCCUCGGGCAGCAGCCGCAGAAACUCAUACUCAGAGCAGCAGCCCAUCUACUUCAGGGAGUUCCGCUUCACCUCUGAGGUGCCCAUCUGGCUGGAUUACCACGGCAAGCACGUCACCAUGGACCAGGUGGGCACGUUUGCGGGUCUCCUCAUCGGCCUGGCCCAGCUCAACUGCUCCGAGCUGAAGUUGAAGCGACUGUGCUGCCGGCAGGGGCUCCUGGGCGUGGACAAGGUGGUGGGCUACGCCAUCAAUGAGUGGCUGCAGGACAUCCGCAAGAACCAGCUCCCUGGCCUGCUGGUGGGCGUGGGCCCCAUGCAUUCGGUCGUCCAGCUCUUUCAAGGCUUCCGGGACCUCCUGUGGCUGCCCAUUGAACAGUACCGCAAGGACGGGCGCCUCAUUCGGGGGCUGCAGCGAGGGGCCGCUUCCUUUGGCUCAUCCACGGCCUCCGCCGCCCUGGAACUCAGCAACCGCCUGGUACAGGCCAUCCAGGCCACAGCCGAGACAGUGUACGACAUCCUGUCCCCCACGGCCCCCAUCUCCCGCGCCCUGCAGAACAAACGCUCUUCAAGGAAGCUGCGCAAAGGCCAGCAGCCCGCUGACCUCCGGGAGGGUGUGGUCAAGGCCUACGACACAGUUCGCGAGGGCAUCCUGGACACGGCUCAGACGAUCUGUGACGUGGCAUCGAGAGGCCACGAGCAGAAGGGACUGACGGGCGCCGUGGGAGGCGUCAUUCGCCAGCUGCCGCCCACCGUAGUGAGGCCCCUCAUCUUGGCCACGGAGGCCACAUCCAACCUGCUGGGGGGCAUGCGUAACCAGAUCCUCCCGGACGCCCACAAGGACCACACCCUCAAGUGGCGCUCCGAGGAGACCCAAGACUGA